CGGUGCAAACAGGCCGGUCAGCUGACCCGGCUCCUGCGCCGCCAGCCCGGCUAUAAGCGCAGCCCCCGCUCCGCUGGGACAGGCCGCCGCCGCCAUGCAGGCCCCCCGCCUCCUGCUGCUCGCCCUCGGCCUGCUGGCCGCGCCCGCCGGCGCCCUGGUCAGAAUUCCUCUGUACAAGUUCACGUCCAUCCGACGGACCAUGUCGGAGGCAGGCGGACCCGUGGAAAAGCUGAUCGCUCCGGGCCCCAUCUCAAAGUACUCCCAGGGGAUGCCCGCCGUGGGCCAGGGGCCUAUUCCCGAGAUGCUGAAGAACUACAUGGAUGCCCAGUACUACGGGGAGAUCGGCAUCGGGACCCCGCCCCAGUGUUUCACAGUUGUCUUCGACACUGGCUCAUCCAACCUGUGGGUCCCCUCGGUCAACUGCAAACUGCUGGACAUCGCCUGCUGGAUCCAUAACAAGUACAACAGCAAGAAAUCCAGCACCUACGUGAAGAACGGCACCACCUUUGACAUCCACUACGGCUCGGGCAGCCUCUCCGGGUACCUGAGCCAGGACACUGUGUCGGUGCCCUGCAAUCCAGCUGUGCGUGGUGUCAGAGUGCAGUGGCAGGUCUUUGGGGAGGCCACCAAGCAGCCGGGCAUCACCUUCAUUGCGGCCAAGUUUGAUGGCAUUCUGGGCAUGGCGUACCCCCGCAUCUCGGUCAACGAUGUGCUGCCUGUCUUCGACAACGUGAUGAGACAGAAGCUAGUGGACAACAACAUCUUCUCCUUCUACCUGAACAGGGACCCAAAUGUGCAGCCUGGAGGUGAAUUGAUGCUAGGCGGUUUCGAUUCCAAGUACUACAAGGGCUCCCUGUCCUAUGUCAACGUCACCCGCCAGGCCUACUGGCAGGUCCGCCUUGACCAGAUGGACGUGGGCAGCGGGUUGACCCUGUGCCAGGGGGGCUGCGAGGCCAUCGUGGACACGGGCACCUCCCUCCUGGUGGGCCCUGUGGACGAGGUGCGCGAGCUGCAGAAGGCCAUUGGCGCCAUACCGCUGAUCCAGGGUGAGUACAUGAUCCCCUGUGAGAAGGUGUCCAGCCUGCCCCCCAUCACCCUGAAGCUGGGUGGCAAAGCCUACAGUCUGUCCGCAGAGGACUACACGCUCAAGGUGUCACAGGGCGGGAAGACCAUCUGCCUGAGUGGCUUCAUGGGCAUGGACAUCCCCCCACCUGCUGGCCCACUCUGGAUCCUGGGUGAUGUCUUCAUUGGCCGUUACUACACGGUGUUUGACCGCGACAACAACAGGGUGGGCUUCGCCGAGGCCGCCAGGCUUUAGCAUGCUCUCCUACCUACCCGCUGGCAGAGAAUUGGAGCAAAGUCCAGCAGGAGGAGGCCGGCCAGUCCCCAGCCCGGUCCCCCCAACCCCACUCACUCACACUUGCACGGCUGCCCACUGCCCAGGCUCUUGGAGGCCGUGGCCCGGCCCGUUGUUCUGUUCUGUGGUUUCCCCUCCCUGUCUGUGUUCUGGAAGGGCAGAGGCUGAUGGGGUGUGUGGAUCUGUUUCCCUCAUUUGGAAGGCCCAGCUGGGUCUUGCUAGCAGAUGAGCACCCCCGGAGCCCCAUCCCCCGGUGUCCACUGGGCUGCACCAGGCAGCUGCCACCUCUUGGAGCUUCCUCCAGAAACCUGCCCUGCCCGAGGGCCCUUCUGCCCAGCCUAGGCUGAAGCCAGGCUCUGCUGCCCCCACCGUCCAUUUGUCCCACCCGUUGAGAAAGGGGUUGCCAAGGCCUGAGGAUAAGCAGGAAGGAUCUGGAAAGAGUGAGAGGGGACAAAAGCCAGCAGGGUCAUUCCAGUGCCUGACCCCAUGGGGGUGGGGGGAGGGUGACAUUUGUUGACUUGGGGGUUGGGGCAGAAGAGCGGGGGAAAGGCGCCAGCCUUCCUCUGUGGCUGAUCUCUGCUGGCCUCUUGGGCGGCCGAGGGCUGAAGUCAACGUGGAAAUACAGCUGCUUAGGCCUC